AUGCCAACAACAGCACAUCCAGCAUUUAAUAAAGCUUGUUCUUAUUUUAAAAUAAAAUUAAGACGUAUUCCAUUAAAUCCUCAAACACGUGAAGUUAAUCUAGAUAAAAUGCGUCAAGCCAUAACUAAAAAUACUUGUAUGGUAAGUAAUUCAAUUAAUAGGAUUAAUUUUUCCAAAAAAAAA